AUGGUACCAAGGUUCGAGGAGGAGGAUCCGGAGGAAUUUUUCCUGCAAUUCGAAACCGUGGCAAAGGCAAUGGAAUGGCCUCGAAAAUACUGGCCUUUGUUAGUGCAGUCUGCCCUAAAAGGAAAAGCUCGUAGCACUUAUCUCUCUCUCUCUGAGGCGCAUCAAGAUGAUUACCUUAAGGUUAAAGAAUCAGUUCUUAAUGCUUAUCAAAUCACUGCUGAAUAUUAUCGGGUUAGAUUUAGGGAAAGUUUAAAGGGAGAUGAUGAAACCUUUACAGAAUAUGCUCAUACCCUUACAAAGCUUCGCAACCGGUGGCUAGCAGCUAGUGGAGUGACAACAUUUGAAGGUUUAUGCGAAUUAGUGACACUCGAGCAGUUCAUUAGAGGAGUAUCUCCAGAUGUCCGUGUGUACCUAUGUGAAAAAGAGGUGGCAACAUUAAUGAGAGCUGCUACUUUAGCAGAGAAUUAUAGUUUAAUACAUCAGAGUAACACUAGCACAUUAAGACCAACCUCGACAUCUUUUUCCCGCUCGGUAUCUGGGAGGCUGAAUUUAGAGGGUCGUAUAAAACAGGAUGGUGCAAAUAGGAAGGUUACUUUUAAUCAUAAUACAGUCUCUAAUACACGAAGUCGGGAUUGCUUUUAUUGUAAAAAACCAGGACACUUUGUUGCUAAAUGCCCAAAAUUGGAAGGCAAGUCUUACGACGCGAGCGACGACCGGUAUUCCAAUCUUGCCCUUGCAUCACAUCCAGUACUCCGAUCACAAUAUUCUAAAGAAUUCUGUCAGGGGGAAUCACAGUCAUUGUUUAAACCGUUCAUGUUUGAAGGCUCUGUAUCUAAAUCAGAAGGGACGGAAGCAUUUCCAGUGACCAUAUUGAGGGAUACCGCAGCCUCUAAGAGUGUAGUGGUGAAAGGGGCCGUCCCUUUUAUUGAAGAAGCAUACACAGGCGAAAGUGUAAUAGUUCAGGGAUUCGGUGGUACUGUUACAGUGCCUUUAUGCCGCAUCUACUUACAGAGUAAACUCUUAUCUAAAUCGGUAAUGGUAGGUGUUCAAGACUCGCUGCCAGUCGAGGGGGCUACCUUUUUGAUGGCAAAUGAUAUAGCAGGAGAGUUAGUAGUACCAGACCCUAUAGUGCGUGCACAACCUCUUAUGUUUAGUCCUACUGCAGAAGUUGAAAGAAAGUAUCCACACCUGUUUCCUGUCUGUGCAGUCACACGGAGUAAGGCAAAAGAGACGGAGGAUAUAGAUUCUAUAGGUAAAAAUGAUUCCCUCGGUUUAGAUUCUCUGUUUAUGGUAAGAGAUAUUAUGGUAGGGGGAUCAGAUCAGGAGGAAGAGAAUGGUAAAAGGUCGAACAGCAAAAGAAUUGAGACGGGAAAUGAAAGCGAAAGUUUCCAGCAUUUCAGUCAGAUACCAAUUUCUAGACAUGCUCUGUUAAAAGCUCAAGAAGAUGACUGUUCCUUACAGCCUCUGUUUGCUAUAGCUGGAUCAGAGAAAGAUUGUCAGGUUGAUUACAAAGGCUAUUAUCUUAGGUCAGGUCUGCUCAUGCGUAAAUAUCGUCCACCAGAAACAGAUGCAGAAGAAGUGUGGCAUGAGGUCCACCAGAUUGUAGUUCCCAUGGUAUAUAGACCUACGAUUCUCAGUCUAGCUCAUGAUUAUACGGGUGGACAUCUCGGAGUGAAAAAAACUUUGGGAAAAAUAUUAAAAUAUUUCUACUGGCCAGGAAUUUCAUCAGAUGUACGUCAUUUCUGCCAUUCGUGCCAUGUUUGUCAAAUGUCAGGGAAACCAAAUCAAAAGCUGAAACCGGCACCCUUAAUGCCUAUCCCUGUAGUCAAUGAACCUUUCUCAAAAGUGAUUAUUGACUGUGUCGGUCCCCUCCCAAAAUCUAAGCGGGGACACCAGUUUAUGUUAACUAUUAUGUGUGCUUCAACGAGGUAUCCUGAGGCUAUUCCUAUAAAAAAUAUGGCUUCCAAAUCUAUUAUUCCUUUGCUCAUUAAGUUUUUCACUCAACAUGGGUUGCCACGAUCGGUACAAUCAGACCAGGGUACAAAUUUCACUUCCAAAGUCUUUAAGCAAGUUAUGUCUAGCCUCGGGAUUACUCAGUAUUUAGCUUCUGCUUAUCACCCGGAGAGUCAGGGUGCUUUAGAACGAUUCCACCAAACACUGAAGAGCAUGUUAACAAAAUUUUGUUUAGAAACUGGUAAAGACUGGGACGAAGGCCUUCCAUUAAUGUUACAUGCUAUUAGAAGUGCUAAACAAGAAAGCCUAGAAUAUUCUCCAGAUGAACUAUUGUUUGGUAGAGAGAUCAGGGGACCUAUGAAAUUAAUGAGUGAAUGUUGGCUUGAUGAAGAAAAUCCUGGGAAUGUACAUGAAUAUGUUUACAAGUUGAAGACUAAGCUCAAUUUUGUACGAAAAUUUGCUUUGGAAAAUCUGAAAGAUGCUCAAAGAAAGAUGAAAGAUAACUUUGAUAAAGAGGCUGUGGAAAGAGAAUUCAAUCCGGGGGAUAAAGUGCUUAUGUUAUUGCCCGUAAGGAAGUUACCCUUUCAGGCCAGUUACCAAGGUCCGUUUGAAGUCAUUAAAAAAGUGGGGAAAGUGAAUUAUGUUGUAUCUACUCCAGGACGUAGAAAGAGUAAAAGAUUAGUGCAUGUAAACUUAUUCAAAGCUUACCAUACACAAAAUCUUCAGGUAGUGAAUAGCCUUGUACAUGAAGUAGGUGAUGAGUUGAAAACAGCAGUCGAUUUCCAGGUAACAAAGGUAGAAGUGAAACUUCACAACUCAGAUGUACUUCAAAAUCCAUAUGAGAAACUUUCGCAUCUAGAACGAGAUCAACAAUCAAUCAUAAUUGCUCUUCUAAGUGAUUUUCUAGACAUAUUCAAUGAUGUGCCCUGCCCGAGUCCAGUAGUUGCGCAUGACGUCAUACUAGUAGAAGGCGCUGUCCCUGUCAGACAAUCGCCGUACAGACUAUCACCAUCCAAGAAGGAAAUACUGAGGGAGGAGGUUCGCUUUCUAUUAGAUCAUGGAUUAAUUGAGCAGAGUGAGAGUGAGUGGGCGUCACCGUGCGUAUUAGUCCCCAAGUCAGAUAAUACGAUGCGCAUGUGCACAGAUUAUAGGAGAGUAAAUGCACUAACCCGCGCCGAUUCCUUCCCUCUCCCUAGAAUCGACGAUAUAAUUGAUUCUGUUGGCAAGGCUCCCUUUGUUACCAAACUCGACCUGUUGAAAGGUUAUUACCAAGUACCACUGACAGAUCGAGCUAAAAGGAUAUCCGCAUUCAUUACACCUGAUGGAUUGUUCCAGUACAAGGUGAUGCCUUUUGGUAUGCGAAAUGCUGCACCCACAUUCCAGCGGUUAAUGGGGAAGGUAGUGGCGGGGUUAAGUGGGGUAUAUGCUUACCUUGAUGAUACCUUAAUAACGUCCUUAACUUGGGAGGAACAUGUAGCCUCUUUACGAGUUUUAUUUGAACGCCUGAAAGAAGCUCACUUGACUGUCAAUUUAGUGAAAAGUGAGUUUGCUCAUGCGCGGGUUAUCUUCUUGGGUCACGAAAUAGGAGGGGGGACGAUAAGCCCCGUUAUGGCCAAGGUAGAAGCAAUCCAGCAACUACUCGCACCCACGAGUCGAAAAGGUCUGAUGCGAUUUUUGGGGAUGGCAGGAUAUUACCGGCGCUUCUGUCCGAACUUUGCAGAUGUUGCAAGCCCACUCACUGCCCUGGUAAGCCCGAAGGAGAAGUUCGUCUGGUCCUCAGAGUGCCAAGUAGCUUUCGAGAAGAUCCGAUCCAUUCUGAUGACGAAACCUGUGUUGAAAAGCCCGGACUUCAGCCAGCCGUUUGUGUUGCAGGUGGACGCGAGCGACGUCGCAGCGGGAGCGGUGUUGCUUCAGGCUGGCGAUGGAGGCAUCUUACACCCAGUAUCCUUCAUGUCUACGAAGUUCAAAGUAUACCAGCGUCAUUACUCCACUAUUGAAAAGGAGGCUUUGGCUCUGUUAAUGGCACUGGAAAAGUUUGCCGUAUACUUAGAUAAUUCGGCAAAGGAAAUCAUAGUUUAUAGUGAUCAUAAUCCCUUACAAUUUGUGAAUCGCAUGAAAAAUAAGAACCAGAGGCGGCUGUCCGGAUAUCAGGCCAAAAUGUUCACCUCAGAUCCUCGAAAAGUGUGUCUCCCUUAUCCGCAUUGCAGUAGGAAGGCAGGCAGGGUGCGGGCGUGGGUGCGUGAGGGCGGAUGGGUGUGGUUUGUGGGUGUCAAGAUGGGAAAACGCACUCUACUGGUUAUCGCGUGUGCCAAAUUUGACCUGUGCCCAGAACGGAACGACAAUAACAAAGUGCCCCCAGAGCAGGCAAUUCUGACUCUUACCGCCGAUCAACUACAUCCAACACAGACCGCUAGCCCUCGCGGGCAUAGCAUGACACUCCUGCCUGGAUGUCUUUGCCAGCUUGUCCAUCACACGAAGCCCUCUGAAGAUAACACACCACACGUUUGCCCGAUGACAAUUUAUCGACUCCUGCAAGCGGAGGCUCCUUCGUUGACUUCUGUCCCUUCAUCUCAUGAUACAUCUGUGGACUUCCAACAUCAAACACAAAGCCAGUCUUCUCUGCCGAGCUGA